GUGAAACCGGCUUUGAAGUUCAGCUCCGUCUCACAGAGCUGUUUAACUCCCAUUACUCGGUGUUAAGGCUCCUUGUGUUGAUUCAGAGAACGUAAUCACGGGCUUAGGAAUGUGGGUUUUUCUGUCAGUGUGAACUGAGAGUGAAGGAUCAUUAGGAGCAGGUGUUGAUCAGUGAAAACAGCGCUUUUCUGUGUGGGUAAAAAUGCGGAACCACAUCAGGAGGUAUCCGUGGCUGACUAACGUGACUCUGUACUCGGGGCUGUACGCCGGCGGGGACUUGAUGCAGCAGUAUUUAUCCAACAAGAAAGAUGGCAAGAUCGACUGGAGGCGCACGAGAAACGUCGCGGUCGUCGCUUUCUGCUUUAAUGGCAACUUCAACUUUUUCUGGAUGCGCUUCUUGGAGCGCAGACUUCCGGGAAGUUCUGUGAGCACCGUGUUGCGCAAACUCGCCAUGGACCAGACCAUAUCCUUACCUCUGGCCAUAAGCGCCUUCUACACAGGUUUGAGCCUUUUAGAGGGUAAAGAUGACAUACUGGAGGACUGGAGAAACAAGUUUCUAAACACAUACACAACAGGACUUAUGUUCUGGCCAUUUGCACAGUGCCUGAACUUUGCCCUGGUGCCCUUGUACUUGCGAACUACGUUCACUGGCUGCUGUGCUUUUGCCUGGGCUACAUUCCUCUGCUUCUCACGCCAGUGUGGAGACGGGACCCUGAAGGCAGCUUUGAACUGGAUACGCCAACUGAACAGUGAGGUGAAGGUGAAGAUUCAGGAAUCUAGUAAGAGCAAGUGACUCUGUGAACACACUGCAAGAAAGGUGUAUAUAUAUAUAUAUAUAUAUAUAUAUAUACUGGAUGUCUGUAACAAACAGUGAAGAGUUCAAAUGUUACAAUAGUUACAAUAGUUCUCAAAUGGUACAAUAGUCAUUUGCUUGUAGGUUUUUCUAAUGGAUACAUCAGCCUUUAAGAUGUAACAAAUGUUUUCUAAUGUGAAAGUCUAUGAAAUUUUUAUUAUUUUACCUCUCAGGCAGGAGACUACUACUACUACGACUACUACUAUGUUACAAUGUAGUAUGUUACUACUGAUUGUAUGUAAAAUGUACCAGGCCUAUAUUAACUGCAAACUAUGAAAAGGAUAAUGUAUCUGUAUUAAUAUUACAUAUAUGUUAUGUUUAGAGCAAAACUUGUAUUUAAACAAACGAUUCAUUCUGGAUCAUGUGCUGUUGUUUGCAUUUGGUGACAAUUUCUGCUAAAUGGGUACUGAGUAGUUGCAUUGAGUCUACUUCAUAAUAAAGGGACAUGACUGACAUCCAAACCGUGUUUGUGUCUGGAGAUAAACUGAUAAACUUCUGAUAACAUCAAGAAUAAUGGUGUGGUUUGUAAUGUUUUUAGACUUGUGACAAUUAUCUAUUUUUAAAGACAACUUAGGGAAAAUAAUUGCUUGUAUUGCAAUUCACUUAGCAAGCAACAGGGGGCUUGUUUGCCAAAUAUAAAAAAAAACACCAGAUACAUUUUAUCAUGGUGU